AUGGGAUUUUUGUAUCAGGUGCUUAAGGAUGUCAGCGAGAAACAGCCUUACAGUGUGGGUAAAACAACGUUAAUUAGUGCGACUAAAGAGAUUAGAAAAGAAAUUUGGAAUGGUCAUGAAGCUUUUAAAAGGUGUAUCCAAAAGGUCACCGGUAAAGUGUCGGCAUACAAUAUGAGUGUUAUGAAUUGCAAUGAUAGUUUGAAAAAUCUAAUCGAGAAGUUGAUAGAUUACUCAAAAACCGACGGAUCGUUGAUGAAAGGCGUUAAAAGCAUUGAUGCUGAUAAAGUGACUGGGACGUCUGGGAACGACGCACAGGUGUACCAGACUGAAAAGUUGCUGCUAAAUUGCAUUACAUACAUAAAAAAAUUCAACAGCGAUAUAGAUACAAACAAGCCACAAAACAAAAAAAUUAGAGAGGCACUCAACGAUCUUAAUUACAAGCUGCGUGACAAAAUAGACACUGCUCGUAAUGUUAUAAAAUAUGAGACUGAGCGUUUGACCAAGUUGUCGGCAAAGGAGUCUGACGAUUUGGGAACAAUGAAAGAAUUAAUAUCGACAAAACUUGAAAACGUCAAAAGCUGCGUGAAUGAUAAUAUAGAUAAAGAUGUAAAAUUGUUGGCGGACAGAUUAAAGGAGGCGGUUAAAAUAAUUUUGGUUUUGCUUGAAAAAAUUGAUACGAAUUUGACUAAGUAUGUUGGCGAAUUGGAAGCAUGUAUCAAUAGUGCGGACAGUAUGAUUAACAGUGCAAUGGAAGGGAUGCAGAAGAUGGAAAGAAAAGAGAUUGGCAGAUCGGCAACUAACGAAAUUUACACGUCGACUGACGUAUUAACGGCGUGGAAAGAUAGGCUUGACGCUUAUUGGAGAGACCUUUUAGCCUUGACUGGUCAGGUUGAUCAGACUAUUACGGAGCUCGGAGAACAAUUUGAAAAUCAGAAAGACAUUAAUAACAUUUUCGAUAAGAUAAAAAAUGAGAUGGUGAGUAUAAAAGGACAGGGAAGCACGAGAGCUACGAAAGGCCUGCAGGGUGUUUUGAAUGUAUUAAACACAUACAGUUAUCAGUAUGGCGCUGGAUUUGAAAAGACGGUGGAAGGGUGGCUAAACGACAUCGUGGGUGAGGAAAAGGGUAGAAAAGGAUGGUUACAAACUUAUGUGAAUGGGUAUAUCGCCAAUUACUUAGGCGGUGAAAACACUGGGAAGUUUACCGACAAAGGCAGUCAGGAAAAUAUAAACAAGGUUAUUAAAGAUAAGAUUAUGGAUCAACUCAAGACCUCCGGCGCCAAUAUUAUCGAUAUCACCGGUAAAAAGGUUCAACAAGAAAUUAAUGAUAAUGUCGAAAAUAAACCCAAAUCAACUGAUAACGUUGAAAAAUAUGUCGAAGCCAUCAAACUCGGUUGUAACAAUUUCGCAGAACAACUAGAGAGUAAGAUACAUGAAAAUGUGGGAUCCAUUGUCGGAGCAGUCAACAGUGCGGUAAACAAUGGCGUCGCCAUUACUAAAACUACUAAUCUUUCUGAGGCCAUCUAUGCCACCCUCUCAUUUCUCUCAUGUAAAUCUAGGCAGGUUGCUAACGAACUUCAUUCAUUUGCACUGGGGAACAGUAUUCGUGGCCGCCAAAGCAUCGCCCAAACCUUAGACACAGCGCUGUCAGAUGCUAAAAAGCUACAUCGUCAACUUGAAACAGCUACCGGGAAAUCUAACACAACUGAGAACUUUGCUGGUAAACUCGAUGAAACAAUCGAAGCUGUUAGAAACAGAGUUGAGGAUAUAACGGUUCAUGAGAUUAAAGCGGGCAUCAGUAGUAUGUCUUCCAAAAUAAAAAAAAGUCUCGAUGCAAUCACCGAGGAGUUCGCCCGUUCUGCUGCAGAUGUUAACAAAUUAUUGCAGACUCUUAAAAGUAAAACGAUCGGUAAGUCGACUGAUAUGAAAGUGGUUAAAGGCAGUCUACAAGAAAUCAAGGACAAUCUUCACAACCUCCGCACUGGUGACUUGGGACGUGCCAUUAAGAAAGCCAAGGAGUUCGUUAACGGAGCCGAUGAUGUACGCAAUAAAACAAUAGACGGACUUAAGGCACACGUUGGCACGAACGUGACAGAAGCCAAGGAACAUCUCACCAAAAAGGCCCGUAUAGAUUACGUUUCGUUUAUGGGAAAAUUGCAUGAAACAUUGACUACCAACAUCGUUCCUAAGAAAGAUGACUUAAAACUCGACACUCUGUCUGAGGCUUUCCAGAAUUUCUGCUCACCACUCCACGCCUACCUCAAAGAUGAGAUCGGCAGAGAGAACGACGCCAACCAUGCCAAGAAACACCCUUCGUCUCAGAGGCCAACAAACAACUACGCCGACGCCGUUACUUGCGUACAAAAUGAACUCGAGAAAUUAAUCCACCAAAUCAGAGCCGGCAACAGGUACGAUCAUCAUGUGCCCAGACUGCUGAACGGACUGACCGAUGCGAUCGAUGGCCUCCACCCUGAGUCAUUUUCUGAGCCGAACACUCCGCUGCUGGAAACCAUUGCCCACGGCCUCCGGGGUCUGGUGGGUGAACUUGGAAAGGCGUACAUUAAUAGAUAUGAUGGAGGCUCGGAGGGUAUGAUAUUAGUCGAUGCAAGAACUACGAAAGUUACGGAUGAUGGCAACAAGUGCGCUAAAGUGUGCCUGUCGCUGCUCUCCAUCCUGUAUUCCGAGUUCAAGACUAUACUUAAGUACUGCGUUGCAAGGUGUAAAAGCGAUCAAAUAAACAUAAACACAGAGCUCGGAAAAUAUUUCGCCACUCAAGGCUACAAGGUUACCGAGGACGGGAAGAAGCACUGGGAGCUGCAGGACAGUAAAGGCAUGACAGGACUAUUCAUCUGCAAACGUAUGUUCGGAAGUGAUGAACACCACUUGUAUUACAUUGAUAAAUCCAAGCAAAACGCACUGGAUACACUGCACGACUGUCUCCAGAUAUAUUACCAAGUCUGCCACGUCGCCACCUUCUCUGCGAAGAAACGUCCAUGUAACAUCUUCGAGAUGCUUUGCUGGAUGUCCGGGCUACCGUGCAAUAACGUGUUGACGAAAUGUUACAUGAGACUGUCAGUGAACUGUUCGUCGAUCCCAUUAACAGCC